ACCUCUCACCUCCCCUCUGCCCUCAAGGACUCCGCACAUUGCUGCAGCAACUGAAGGACACCACCCACCACCACUUGACAUUUCAUCCCACCAUCCACCAUCCUCCUCCUCCUCCUCCAUUCUCGAUCGAUCACCAGCUAGCUACCAGCAGAGCUCAAAUGGCUCCUCCAUUAACACCCUUCUCGCUCUCUCUAUUAACCCUUCUCGGUCUAUUAACAUCAGGGGCGCUGUCAACGACAUUCACAAUGGUAAACAAAUGCGAGUACACAGUGUGGCCGGGCAUUCUCUCCAACGCCGGCAUUCCGCCUCUUCCGACCACCGGCUUCGCCCUCCAGAAAAGCGAGACUAAGACCCUAACCGCCCCCGCCUCCUGGGGCGGCCGCUUCUGGGGCCGAACCCUCUGCACCCACGACUCCACCGGAAAAUUCUCCUGCGUCACAGGCGAUUGCGGCUCCGGAAAGCUAGAAUGCUCCGGAAGCGGCGCUGCCCCUCCCGCAACUCUCGCCGAGUUCACCUUAGACGGUGACGGCGGCCUUGACUUCUUUGACGUCAGCCUCGUCGACGGUUACAACCUCCCUAUGCUGGUGGUUCCCCAGGGUGGGACCGGCACAAAUUGUACCAACACCGGCUGCGUGGUCGACCUUAACGGCGUUUGUCCCUCGGAGCUCAAGGUGACUAGCGCUGCCGGAAGCGAAGGCGUCGCGUGCAAGAGCGCGUGCGAGGCGUUUCAGCAGCCGCAGUACUGUUGCAGCGGCGCGUACGCUACACCCGACACGUGCAAGCCUUCUUCCUACUCGCAAAUAUUCAAGAACGCGUGCCCUCACGCGUACAGUUACGCAUACGACGAUAAGACCAGCACCUUCACAUGCGCCAAUGCCGAUUACACCAUUACCUUCUGUCCCUCUCCGAACACCAGUCAGAAAGCUUCACAAGGGCAAAGCACCCAGCCGGCUCAGACCAGCAACUCGCCGGAGAUAAACAGUACAAUGGUGUAUGAAGGCUCCGAUGACGGAAGCGAAGCAUGGUCGUCGUCCACUUCCGUCCACGUGUUCUCAUCACAUGCAGCCGCGGCAGCCGUCAGCGUCACGGUGGCUGUUUGGCAGUUGUGGCAGCACCUCUUCUAACUUGUUUAGAUGGCCGGUUUUGGGACGUGGUCCCCCGCAACUCUUUUGGGUCUAGGCAAUGGGCCAUGUGAUAUUGGGUCCCACAUUGUGCCCGUCUGACGCGGAUUCGAGUCAGGCAGGAUGGGUAAAGCCCACCCACCCGGCAGCUACUACUGGUUAAUACGAGGCGGACGGGGGAUGUCGUUGUCUAUUUGCCUCUAAAAGCCAAAAGCCGAUUGACACUGAAAUUUGGAGCCACAGCUUUUAGGUCGAGUAUUAGGGAAUAUAUUCUUUAUUUAUUUACCAUGUCAUUCCAAAUAAUCUUUUACAUUAAAUGGAGGGUCAGGAUUCAUUUUUAUGUUGGAGAUUUUUACUGA